AUGAGCUCCUCACGAUAUCCUCUUCGCCAAUCUGGCAUCUCCCGCAAUCUACCCUUUUUUGAUCCUUCUCUCAGGGACUUGAAAGCCUUGGUGAUUGGAGCAACCGGCAUCUCAGGCUUCCGCACAAUCAGAGCACUAUUGGAUUCUCCAGAACGAUGGUCCAAGGUCUACGCAGCCUCACGAAGCCCAUUGUCAAAGAAGUUGCUGUCCUUGCUUCCAGAAGAGCAACGAUCUUGCAUCCAACACGUCUUCGUUGACAUGACCUCUUCUGCUGAGGACAUCGCUCAAGCUCUCCGCAAAGCUGAUGUUGCGGCUGACUACGUCUUCUACUACGCGUACUUGUCGCCCAAGUCUGGUUCGGCAAUGGAUCCUAAUACGACAGAGGAAUUUGUGAAAGUUAACCCCAGGCGCAUCCUCCUGCAGACAGGUGGAAAGAACUGUUGGAACAACGGUGUCCACAUUGGCCGUGUGCGCACAUCGAUUGUUGAGUCAGACCCACAACCGAGGCAUCUUUCGCUAACCUUCUAUUACCCUCAAGAAGACGCGCUUCGAGCCUUUUGUGACGAGCAUCCCAAGACGAAGUGGAACAUAAUCUAUCCAUUUGCCAUCCUUGGUGCUACUGAGCACGCAUCCAUGAACACCUUUUUCAGUUUUGGCAUCUAUACCGCCAUCCAGGCCAACAAAGGUGAGCCACUGAAGUUUGGGGCUGACUUCACAUCCUGGCAGUUCGAAGCCGCCCACUCCACUGCCAGGCUGACCGGAUACUUGAGUGAGUGGGCUGUGCUGGGGGAGAAGUGCGCAAACCAGUCAUUCAACGCUCAGGAUGGCGGCCUCUUGAGCUGGGAUCGCUUCUUCCACGAAUUGGCCCAGUGGUAUGGAGUGUUCGAGGUACAGGGCCCAGAGCUUGACGAAAGCAAGCUGCAAACUACGAUAUUUACAGGCGGCAAGGAAGCCCCUCUUGGAUACAGACCACCUACGAAGCUUCGCAACAGCUUCACACUCGCACAGUGGGCGUCUGAUUCAUCAAGCAAAGAGGUCUGGGAAGAGAUCAUGGCGAAGUCGGAUGGAAAUGUGACGGAGAACCCGUGGGCCGGUGACCUGAAAGACUUCUUUAUGGGAGACUUUGCAUAUCUGCCCAUCGGCACUCCAUCGAUGAAUAAGGCUAGGAGCUAUGGAUUCUGCGGAUUUGUUGACACUUUGGAAAGCAUAUUUGAGAUGUUCCAAGAGAUGGAGAAGCUCGGUACACUACCACCGAUGAAGGUGGAUGCUGCUCAGCCUCAAGUGUAG